UUGAGAUGUUAUUACUAGAGCUAAAUUUUUACCACACGGAGCAUCUGCAUCUUCCAUCAAACAUUCAAACUCUCGGAGUCGGAGCCGAAAAAGUGAUAGCCGCCGACUGCCUUGACAAAAUCACUUUUGAAAGAAAAUGGAUACUAACAAAGCACUUCUCCUUCAAGUCUUCGGCGAAUCAUCGGAAGAAGAAGAAGAAGAAGUAGAGGGUGAAUCUGGGUCAAAUCGUUGCUGGGAACGAUUCGACGAAAUUCGAGGAUUAUGGCUUUGCAGAGAUUUCCUCUCUCCUCAACACCAAUCCUUCUUGCUCUCCGCUGUCCGAAACGAAGGAUGGUUCUCUGAAGCCUCUCAUAAUCAGGCUAUGAGGUUUGGAGAGCUUCCAUCUUGGGCAAUGGCACUUUCAGAUUCCAUUCAUGAUGCGGUUCUCUCUUGCUCCUUUAAUGUCCCUACGGAGCCUAUGGAUUUUGGAAGCUGCAAUGGCAGAAACGAGCUGCCUUGUCCUUUUCCAUCAGAUUUGUUGUGGAGAGAGCCUCUCUUUGAUCAACUUAUUGCAAAUUUGUACAAUCCAGGUGAGGGAAUAUGUGCACACGUUGACCUUAUGAGAUUUGAAGAUGGAAUUGCUAUUGUCUCUCUAGAGUCAUCGUGUGUAAUGCAUUUCAGCCAAGUUGAAGCUGAAGGUGGUGAGAGUUCUUGUAAUAGUAGUAGUAGUACUGGUGCAAAUACAAAGAAGAUCCCAGUUUAUCUGAAUCCAGGCUCUUUGAUUCUGAUGUCUGGAGAAGCAAGAUAUCAAUGGAAGCAUGAGAUAAAUCGCAAGCCAGGGCUUCAACUGUGGGAAGGCCAUGAACUAGAGCAGGGUACGAGGACCUCCAUUACUCUGAGAAAGCUUCGAUGUGUUGAGUAGGAGAGUUUUGAUUAGACCAACCAUGCUCACAAAUUAAAGCUGAAAGCCAGAAAUAUACAUAUAUUUGUACUAUACUAGACUAUAUUUGGCAAACACAUAUAAGUUGGUGUUUGGAACUUGGAUUUUAAAAGAGAAGUCAAAUAAAUUUCAAAAGUUAAAAAAAGAGAAGAAAAAUGAGAAUGCAUAGCAGCUGAGGGCAUCUCCAAUAGGACUAUCUCUUUAUCUUCAAAACCAUUUUCCCUUCAUUUUCAACCAAAAUUUUAUCUCCAAUGGAGCUUCGAUUUCAUCUUUAUAAUAAA